UCCCGCCCGCCGAAGGGGCUGCCCCGCUUCGGGGGUCUUGGGACAGGUCCCCCGCCCGCCGCUCGUCCUCCCUAGCAUGGGAUGGGCGAGCCCUGCGAGCGCGGUGCCUGCUCGCCAGCCGCCGGCAUGAAGGAAGGAGCGGACUGGGAGCCCUGGGACUCGCCGCUGGGUUUGGCGGAGGGCGCCCAGAUGGGCAACAGGAGCAACGUGUCCUUCCUGCAGCUCUUCAAGAACAUCAACCUGGAGCGAGCCGACGGGAUGCAGGGGGACAGCUCCGACGUGGUGCGGAUUGUCAUCUCGCUGGUCUACUCCGUGGUGUGUGCCCUGGGGCUGGUGGGCAACCUGCUGGUGCUCUACCUGAUGAAAAGCAAGCAAGGCUGGAGAAAGUCCUCUAUCAACCUCUUUGUGACCAGCCUGGCAGUGACUGACUUCCAGUUUGUGCUGACCUUGCCGUUCUGGGCAGUAGAGAACGCGCUGGACUUCAACUGGCUCUUCGGCAAGGCAAUGUGUAAGAUUGUCUCCUAUGUGACAGCCAUGAAUAUGUAUGCCAGUGUCUUCUUUCUCACUGCUAUGAGUGUGGCUCGAUACCGCUCUGUUGCUUCAGCCUUGAAGAACCAGCGGCGAGGUGACCCACUGGGUGGCUGCUGCUCUGCCAAGUGGCUUUGUGCCCUCAUCUGGCUGUCAGCUAUCCUGGCUUCCCUGCCUCAUGCCAUUUUUUCCACCACUGCCACCGUCUUUGAUGAUGUUCUCUGCCUCGUCAAGUUCCCUGAGGGCCGAGGCAGUAAUGCCCAGUUCUGGCUGGGUCUGUACCACAUCCAGAAGGUGCUGCUGGGCUUUGUGGUGCCGCUGGCCAUCAUCAGCCUCUGCUACUUGCUCCUGGUGCGCUUCAUCAGUGACAAGCACGUUGGCAGCACCUGCAGCGGCCCCAGCACCAAGCGCCGCUCCAAAGUGACUAAGUCAGUGUCCAUUGUGGUGCUGUCUUUCUUCUUGUGCUGGCUGCCUAACCAAGCGCUCACAACGUGGGGCAUCCUCAUCAAGCUCAACGUGGUGCACUUCAGCACUGAGUACUUCUUCUCCCAAGUGUACUUCUUCCCCAUCAGCGUGUGCCUGGCACACUCCAACAGCUGCCUCAACCCCAUCCUCUACUGCCUCAUGCGCAGGGAGUUUCGCAAGGCGCUGAAGAGCCUCCUCUGGAGGAUCACCUCACCUUCCCUCACCACCACGCGCCCUUUCACUGACACCACCAAGCCCGAGCAGGAGGAGCAGGCCCUGCACGCCUUGGUGCCCGUCCACCCCGUCACUGCUUCUUCCCCUGCUGCAGCCAUCCAGCCAGAGGUGGCCUACUACCCCCCUGGGGUGGUGAUGUACAGCAGCCGCUAUGACCUGCUGCCCGCUAGCUCCAUGGAGCAGCGCUGCUGAGAUGGGGCAGGGGGGCUCUGGAGCGUGGGACUGCGGGGUGUGUGCAAGAUGGUGCCCUGGGACACUGAACGUCUGGUAGGGACAAGGGGACGAGGGAUGGGUAAAGGAGAUGUGUGUGAGAGGUGCUCUUUUGGGCUUGUGACCGCUCUUGGAAACUUGUUGAUGGAAGUUCUUGUCUUGAAAAUGUCACCUGGACUGGAGAAGAGGAAUAGGAGGUGGCAGUGGUGAUGCACUGGGGAUUUGAGUGUCUCUAGGAGAUGCUUUUUAGUGCUUCUACCUGAUCAGGGGAAGAGGAAUCUGGAGAGGGUGACAGGACUUGGGGAGGAUGAAGGAUGUUUGGGGCACCAUAGGGAGGAGAGGGGCUGGAUGGGGUGGAGGAAGGCUGGGAAGCCUCAGCUGCAUCCCCCCAAAGUGGAGGUACCAGCAGCAAGGGGCCUGCAUCCCUCCCUCCCCUGUAUGUGUGUUUCUGGCAGGGGGAGGGAGCCAGGCUGCUUUCUCACUGCUGCAUGGCAUCCUACGUGGUGCUCCUGGGCUCCCGUGAGGGCACAGGGAUCAGGCAGCCCAUGUCCUAUUUUGUACCUGUUUUGGUGGGAACAGCCAGGACAAGUGGGUACAAGGCUGCUGCUUCUUCAGGCUUGGCCCCUUUUCCCUCUCCUAGGGACCCAGGAAAGAGAGAGGAAAAGAAGCAAUGUGCUCCCCUCCAGAUCUCUGCAGGUUCCGCUUUUCCAGCUCCUCUCACCCCCUCUGCUGCUGCCAGGAUACAGAGCAACCCAGACAGCCAAGGAGAAACCCAAGGACAGGACUUGCAGCUUGAUGGAGAGGUGUUGCUUUGCCUGGGUUUGGCGGGGAGGGUGUGAGGGUACAUCGUGUUCCCCAGUCCCUCUCCAAGCUGCUGGAGGGGGAAACCCACAGCCCCAAACCACGCGUGGCAAGGCAGGCAUCUCCCCCAGGGAGCUGAGACUGCAGGCUUUGUUCUUGCUGGGCUUCAGACUGUUUGUAUUUCACUCCAGGAAAUCAGCACAACUGUAAAUAAAAACGGGAAAGAGAAACAAAUCAUAGUCACUUCAAGCUGCUUGCUCUGGGGUACUUCAGCUAAAACCAAGCACAAAGGUUUUUGAUCUGCUGAAGUGUUUGUUAAGGGUCUGCACUGAUACUUGCCAACAUUUCAGUUAACUCCAGUUCAAUUCCUCCGGUGUAAGCAGCCUUAGGGUCCGCAGGUCAGUGCUCUUGCACCCUGGAGAAGGACAGGGACAAUGCCUGUCACGGCCUGUGUCCCAGUGAAACGUCUGGGAAAUAAUUUGACGUUGAUCUGAAAUGAACUUUUAAGGGGAUGAGAAAAGUGUAAUUUUAAGCUGUGAAACUUUUUAUGGUAAGGUUAUGUAUUUACUUUAUAAAAUAUUUUUUUAAAUUAUGAGGAAAAAAUAAUUUAGAAUGGAAAGGUCAAAGUAUUUCUUUUAAAAGAUGGAAAAAUGCAACAGUUCUGGUUUGUUGCCAGUACACAAGUUUGUUAAUCCCCAAUAGUGCAUAUGGGAGGAGUAUUUAAAUACGAUAUUCAAAACCUCUCUCUAUUUCCAGCCUCUUCCUGUGCAGCCUAACUCCAACAUCUUCCUGACUCUGCUAAAAAAGCAUUUAUUCAGAGGGUUGUUUGUCACUUCUAAGUAUUGAUGUGGAGCAAACUUGCUGUUUCUGUCCAGAGAAAAUUGCAGUGCUGUUAGUGGCAAUUAUGCUUUGCAGACUCUGUUUGGUUUACUGUACAUGUUGGUAACUCCUGUUGUAAAAUUCAGGUUUGGUCUGGAAGCAGCUACUUGAAAGAAGAAGCUGUUGUUCUGUUUUUUUCAGUGCAAAAAGACUUCUACUGCAGCCUUGGGUGCUUGCUAACUGAUAAGAUACAGGUGCCUGGAGAAGAAUAGCAGAAGUGAGCUGGCAGCUGAUGGACAUACUAUUACAGAUGCAAAGACUCUGAAGAAAUCAGAUAUAUUCACAGAAUAACUUGAGCAUCUAAGUACUGUACAACGGUCCCUCUAAGUUCCUAAAUCCUGACUUGGCUGCCAGCUGCAGGCUGUAGGUACUUAAAGGAUUUUUCCAAGUAAUUAAAUUUUUUUUUUGUGCCUAGAAGUCUGCUUCUGAGCAUGCCUAAAUCUGCUUAAGUCUGUAGCAUUUACCUCUGUACUUAAUGGGGAUAUCUCAGUCAGGACUGGCCGCAGCGUGUACCCAAAGCCAGGGAGGCAGCUCUGCAUCCGAACAAGGAACGCCCCGUGCCAGGCCACACUGUUACGAGGGGCUGUAAACUUCACCCAUUCCCCCAUCCCUUUGCAUCCGUGUCUAGGUAUGCUUCUCCUGUCCCACACCCAAGGCAUGUGCAGAUUGUGCUCUUUCCUCUUGCCUUUUGAAACCCUAAGUAAGUGGGCAGAGCUUUUGCCCACAGCCUAGGAAACUCCGCAAAUGUGCUCAAAUCCUCUGACUUGAAACUGUUCCCUCUUGCAUGAGUUGUUCAUCGUUGCUGGAUCACAAAGGGAAAGCAAGUCCUUUAACACUGCUUUGCAGCAUGGUGGUUAGGGUGGGAGUCCCAAAGAUGAAAAGCCAAGAUUUUUCUUCCUUGUAAAUACAGAAGAGAAAUUGGAUUCAGGUCUGUAUUCUGGGUCUCCCCUUUCCAAGAACAAUGAUUAACUUGCUCCCAGGUCCUGGCUCACUUAAAGUUUCAGUAGGCUGUACAAAAGCCUGACGGCUUUCUAGACCUAGAAAUCCAGCAGCCUAAUGUGUCAAAGGAUUUGUAAGAAAUGCAUUUGGGUCUCACAUGGUCUGGGAGAAAGCCCUAUUGCCUGUGCUAGCAGAUGAAGAAAGCCAGACUGUUGUGUGAGAAAAGGAUACCAUCAACACGUAAUUUCAGAGUUCAGAGAGAUUUAACCAUGUCUGUAGAGGCCAGAAGAAAGUACCUAAAUUAAGAAGAGGGGAUGAAUCUCAAAGCCAGUCUCUGUUCUUAGUGUUUGCUUUUGAACAGCAUAGUUUCUCGCUUGGCUUGCUGGAAUUUUAAUCCUUACCGUGAUGCUUAAAUGUUCUUGUGCAUUGCAUAAAAAACUGUCCAGAUGUCUAAAGCAUAAUUAUGAAUUUCAGCAGAUAGCAAAUUGCCUAAAAGACGUCCUCUGGGGUGCUCAGCAUGACAAAACCCAUGUGCUUUUUGUGGAUGUCAAUAUAGACAUAAUUUUAUGCCAGCAAAACAACACAGUAAAACAGAUGUUGUUCUGAACAACCCAUAGUUAGCCCAGCAUACUAGCAAGAUACCAUGUUCAGAGGAAGCCCUGGGCAUCCGAUCACUGAAGACAUAAAAACCCUACAUUUGGCAAAUCAUCCAAAUAGGAAAAUACCUUGGAUGUGUAGGGAAUGGACAAAGGACUUAGAGGGCAGCUCUCUUUUAAGCCACUGGUCCACCAGAUGUAGGUCAUGGAUCUGCAGUUCAAAAGAGGGACAAUUGGCCAAACAUUGCU